UUUCGUUGUGUGUAGUUCUUUGCAUUUUAGCUCAAGAAUUAAAAUAAAUACAGUGAUUUUCUAAUAAAAUUCUUCAUAAUUAAAAUGCUAUAAUUAAUAAAUUGUUAAAAAACAUCAAGACAACAUUAUUUAAAAGCUAAAAAUAAACAAAUUAAUUGCCAAAGAAAUCGUUUAAAAUAAAAACACAAAAAAGGAAAGUGUCUUGCAAACGGAGAAGAAAAAGAAAUCCAUUGGUGACUGAGAAACGAAAAGAAUAUUUUUUUUUUAUAACUAAAAGAAAGUAUAUUUGAAUUAAAAUACUUUUUAAAAAGUAAUUGCUUAAUAUUCGAAGUCUUAAAACAUGGUUGGGCGAGAAAUAACACCUACCGAAAUCGGUAAACAUUCGAAAUUAAUAAAAAAUGCCCAAGAAGAAAUGGCCACAAUGGAUGUUUUAGUUUGUGGGCGCUGUUUAACAGUAUUCCAUUUUGUUGAAGAAUUUAAACAACAUAAACUUAAGCCCUGCUUUAAGGAAAACAAUAAUGUACGUGAAUGUAAUGAUACAAAACCCAAAAUAUGGGCAUUACUAUGGAAAGCUACUCAAUUAAAUAACAAUAAGGAUAACAAUGUCACAAGUCCCAAUUCGUGGGCUUUAUAUCAAACCUGGGUUAAAAUGGAAGAAACAUUAAGAGAAACUUGGAUAGUGGCCGGUCGUACCAUACAAUCAUUUGCUAAAGUAUCACAAGGUAAUCUACAGGAGAUGCCUGUUAAAAUCACUAAAACAGUGGUAAAUAAUACUGGAGAUAACGGCUCUCCAGGCAGAAAACCUUUAGCUCAAACUAAACCACAAGUAGCAAAUUUGAAACCUCCCAAUAAAAUGAUCACCUCUAGCAAUAAUUCCACAAUAGAUUCCGAAAAUGAAUCUUCACCCAUGAAAUCUCCUUUAGCCAGUAAUGCCGCGCAAAAGUUAAACAAAAAACCCAUAACAACACCACAAUUACCAACAAAUAAACCUUUGCAAAUGACGACAACAACAGCAGCAGCCACGCCUAUAGCAGCAGCAAAUACACCAGCUAAACCUUUAACACGCCGUGCCAAACGUUCUAUACCCAACAGUGAGGAAGUGGUGGAAGAAAAUGUGGAAAAAAUUGUGGCCAAACGUUUUAAUCCUCGCCGCCGCAUGCAUGAAUACUUGGUUAAAUGGGAAAAUCGUAAUUUGGAACAAAAUACUUGGGAACCGGCUUCACACUUGGAAAAUGUUCCUCAUCUUUUGGAAACUUUUGAAAAACAAUUGGCUCGCCAAAAGGAAACUAGAGCUGCCUUGCAAGCUAAACAACAGGCUGCUGCCGCUGCAGCUGCUAAUACACCCAAACCUUUAGAAGUUAAUAAAUCCUUAGAAACUGAAGCCAAUAAACCCCAAUUGGCCUCACCCUCCGAAAGACCACAACGUUCUUCGAAAACUAAGGCUAUGGAUCAGGUUAAACAAUGGGUAGCGGGCACCAAUAGUUCGGCCGCAAAUUCACCGAGUUCUGAAAUGACACAACAUCAAGAAAACGAAAAAGAUUGGGCUAUGAAUACCAGCACCGGUUCAAAUCGUCCUGCUGCCUCUGCUGGCAUUAAACGUAAACUAGAUGAUUCUGAUUAUAAUGAUUCAAAUGCUAGCGAUGUCCCACCCUCCACAACUAAUACCAUGGAAGAUUUUGAGGAGAAUUUAAUACCGCUUAAUACUCUUAAGAAAAUGAAAUACGGCAAUGCAGUAUCGGUGGAAGUUAAAACGAAAAUUGAUAAUAAUAAACAAAUUAAGGUUAAUGGCACGACACCUGGACGCACUGAAGGUCUACCAAAUUCAGCUGAGGUAAUUAUAACACAAGAUUCAAAUGCUUCCGGUGUUGUUAAGAAACCAGGAUUUAAUGGCAGUACUAUGAACCAAAAAUCUGAAGCUCAAAUACGCGUUUUAUCGAAAGGUGAAUCUGCAGUUUCUAGUUCGGGUAUUGUGCGUGUAGGAGCAGGCAAUGAAACCAGUGCCACACCCUCACCCACCCCUAUAACAACACCAGCACAAGCUGCUGUAGUGGCAGAGCCAAAACCACAAAUUCAAACAAGAACACAACAUGUUCGCACUUUAGGCACACCAAGUGGAGGUGGACGUUCAACACCCACUCAGCCUACACGACAAGUCGUGCAGCAACAAAUUGUGCGAACACCUGGUGGCACUACAAUACAACGUAAAACUGUUCCCGUUGGAGCAUCAACACCCCUACAACGGUCAGGCAUGCAAUCACGAACUGUCACACAAACCUCACCAUCAUCGGGACGCAUGAUAAUACCACGUCAAGGUUCCAAUGUUGCCAGCAAUAAUCAACGUACUGCAGUACAACAAAGCAAAGCGGUAACACCAGAACAGAAAAUUUUACAACUUUCCAAAUCGGGAGAUCUAAAGGUUACCAAGAAGGUAAUGACUCGUGAUGAUGUUGUAGCCCAAAGACAACAGCAUCAACAACAACAGCAACGACAGAGACAACAGUCUCAAGUACACAUACAAAAGGUGCAACAGCUAACCGGACCAGCACAACGUAGUAGUGCUCCCAUAGCUCAAAGAAAACAAACACAGCAGCAUGUUCAACAACAGAUAGUCCAACAACAGGAAGAGGAACCACAGCAUCAAGCGCAAUUGUGUCCUAUUACAGGCAAUAUAAUUGGUCAAGAGGAUCAGCAGCAGCAACAGAGUGGUGUUAUGCAAACUCAACUGGUAACAGAACAUCAUCAACAACAACAGCAGCAGCUACACAAUUUACUGCAUCAAGAGCAACAGCAACAACAACAUCACCAGCAACAACAACAGCAAUUACAUGAUAUUGAUCCAAAUCUAUUGCUCACACAAGAUCAAAUGCUAACCAACGAAGACGGCACACCUCUAUUGGUAACCGGUGAAGAUGGGACCGUCUAUCAGGUGGCUGGCAAAAAUGCCGAAGGACAAACCAUACUCGUAACACAAGGUCCUGAUGGUGAACAACAAUUUGCUUAUGUGGCAGCCGCUGAAGGUGAAAAUGAAAAUCAAGUACUUACCCUAGACAAUGCUGUUGCCGAAGCGGUUGCCCAAUUACCAGCCGAACAACAAGCUGAAGCUCUGGCAGCGGCAGCUGGUGGUGAUGGCAGUGGUGGUGGUCAGUAUUUAGUUAAGACCACACAAGAAGAUGGUACCACUCAAGUAGUGACCAUGACAGAAGCUGAACUAGCCCAACAUCAGGCACUGGCUGCAGCACAGCAGCAACAACAACAGCAACAAAUUGCAGUGCAAGCAGCGAAUGCUCAACCUGGCGCCACCAGUCAAUUGUGUAUACAAACGGGAGACGGUUCCGAUGGACAAGAGGCGAAUAUACCAGCUGAAGUUGUACAAGCUGAUUUACCAUCUCCAGGUGGCACCCGUCGUGUUGUUCUAUUAUUACAAGAUGGUACAUUUAUGAUGACAGAAAUGCAUGAUGAUGAAUUUAAGGCACUUAAUAUAGCUGCUUAAGGCUAACAUAAUCAAUGUGUAAACGAAUUUUUUCCUCCACUUCACAACAAAAAAACAAAAACAAAAUAAGAAAAAUUCAAACCCUCGCUUUAAAUAUUCUAUACAUGGCAGACAAUGUAAUUUAAUUAAUACUUUACGAUUUAGAAGAAACAAAAAUAAUAUUUAGAAUUUAAAUAUAAAUACGUAAACGUUUAAUUGAUCAGA